UGUGUAUUGAUACGUACAUAAUUUAAGAGAAAAGUAUAAUCGAAAAUAAAAAAAGAAAGAAAAAGGAAAAGGGGGGCAUAGUCGAAACGUGGGCAUUUGGAAUAGAGAUAAAUACCAUCUGCUUUAUCCAUUGAAUUCAAUUCCCAUAAAUACAAAGUUUAUCCAUUUACCUCGAUCUUUGAACAAAAUUUCCCAUCUUUAACAUCCAUCACGUUAUCAAUUCAACUUGGAAUUCUCGGAAAUUUUGUGAAAAAUGAUGGGGCCGCAACAACAGCAGGAUCACCACACCAGGGUUUUCUACGAGCUUUCAGCUCUAGUUUUGAAUAUUAUACGGUCGCCGCCGACCUCCGUCGAUCACUCUCCGGCUCAGCGGCGGAGGUGGGAUGGCCUCUCGUUCCAGAACAUGACGCCCGCGGGAUUCGCGUCCCUGCUCCUUGGGAUCUCUCUCUCGCUCAUGCUGUGUGGAUCCGUCACGUUUUUCCUUGGUUUUUUGUUGAUGCCUUGGGUUCUUGGAUUGGUUGUAUUCUUGUAUUUUGUGGGGAUUGUUUCCAGCAUUUCCAUGAUUGGGAGAACCAUUCUCUGUCAUAAUCCCUCGCCUCCUUCGCCCAGGAAGGAUAUUCCUUCGUGGAAGGUGUUGUGAUAGGUCGCUGGUAAACAUGGCGCAGCAUUAUCGUUGUUUGAUCGUUGCUGUGCUUGCCUUGCCGUGUACCAUUCAUAUCUACGACUCCGGUUGUGGGACUGUGGAUACAUCUCUUUUAAGGAUACUUUUGUUGAUUCGAAAUAGCAUCUCUAUGAAGUUGAAGGGAAACUCUUUUCAUCAUCUGAAGAUGAUACAUUCAUUUUAGCUGUUUUUUCUGGUUAGGUGGAAACAGGCCCUAUCUAUUUAUUUCGCCAUAUGUUAUAUUUCUUGAAAGGGAUUGAUUUUUUGAGCUUGUUAUGUGUAUAUUAUUAUAGACUGUAUAAUGAUUCUUCUCUCUUACAAAUGGAUUCUGUUUUACUGAUUUUGGUUAAAUUAAUCCAUCUCUGGAGAGAUCCUUUCUUUCU